AUGGCAACACAGCCUGCAACCACCACGAUUGAGCUAUCUCCCAAGGAAUCCCAACUUAAGAACCUGCUCCUAGAUGCUACCAAAUUCAUAAAUGAAUCAGGCAGUUUCCAAGAACCAGUCGUAUUAAGAUGGGCAGGUGGUUGGGUUCGGGACAAACUCUUAGGAGUCGAGUCUCAUGACAUUGACACUGCUAUCAAUGUCAUGACUGGCGAGGCUUUCGCAUUGAAACUGUGUGAGUUAUGCGAACAGGCCGAUACUGUUGACAAGUAUGGCAUGGCCAAGUCGGACGUCGGCAAUAUUCAUAAGAUUGCGCGAAAUCCGGAAAAGUCCAAGCAUCUUGAGACUACUACAAUCAAGCUGUUUGGCUAUGAUGUUGAUUUCGUCAACCUCCGCAAGGAGACGUACUCGGAAGACAGCCGUAAUCCUCAAAUGGAAUUUGGCACUGCUGAAGAGGAUGCUCUGCGAAGAGAUGCUACUGUCAACGCCCUGUUCUAUAACCUCAAUACCGGUGAAGUUGAGGACUUUACUACCGGACUAGUAGAUAUGAAGUCGCGGCUGAUUAGGACACCCUUGGAGCCAUUUCAAACCUUCAUGGACGACCCGCUUCGCGUCCUAAGAUUGGUCAGGUUCGCUAGUCGCCUAGAGUUUACCAUUGAUUCCGCUGUUGAGGAGGUCAUGAGUGAUCGCCGUGUUUUGGACGCUCUUCGUUUAAAAAUCAGUCGCGAGAGAGUUGGCGUUGAGGUAGAAAAGAUGCUCAAAGGCAACCACCCUCGCAAGUCUCUAGAGUACAUUGACAACCUUGGACUUUAUCACACCAUUUUCACUGAUCCGUCCAAACCAGACAUUCCAGUGCCUGAUAUAUCUAAUUGGAAAUUAGCUUAUGAAUGUCUCGACUCGCUUCGACGUAGCAAGACCCCUGGCUCUAUAUACGACGUUCUUGUGCGAUCUGAUGAAGCUGCAUACUAUGCUUGGAUUCUAGCAGCUGUCGUGCCUUGGGAUAACGUCAAAGCCCCACCACAUACUAAAAAGGGAAAAGCCCCUCCCCCUUUUGGAACUCUAGCUGCACAAGAAGGUAUCAAAUCGCCUGGCAAACUACGUGACCUCGUCACCGCGGCAAACAACAACCGAGCAGAAAUCAUGUCCUUCGUGACAGCAGUACUCAAUAAACAACCAUCCGCCAUGGAAAGGGAUAAACUUGGAAUGGCUAUCCGGCAUUGGGAAUCCAAAAAUGGCCAUUGGAGACUGCAAGUCCUGUAUGCCCUCCUAGUGGAGGCUAUGGUUGUUCUAGCUGCCGCAUCAACAACCCCAACUAGCAACGAUGAAUUCCUGAAAAAAUGGCAACAAUUUCUGGAUCAUCUGCAAGAUCUAGACGUUAUGGAGGCUCCAACACUAAAACCAUUGAUUGACGGGACCCAACUCUCAAAGGCCCUGGGCACUAAGCCUGGGAAAUGGAUGGCCCCGGCGCUAGAUGUUUGCAUUGCGUGGCAGCUCCGUCACCCAGAGGCGACAGACCCCGCGGGCGCCAUCGAUGAGGUCAAAAUUCGAAGAGUCGAACUGGGAAUACCGGGAAAUUGAUGAACGAAUGGAGUUCGGUGAUGCCGAAAUCUUGCUUAUGUAGCUUGAUGAAAACAGAUGAAUGGGUAAGAACUCCUAGUCCUACCCCCUAAAUUCUUCUUAGCUGCCUGGCUGCCUACCGAGGUACUAAGGUUAAGUAUUGUGCGCCUACCUAAGCAUCGUCAAUUUUCCGGUGCGAAGUCCCAUGGUCACACGCAUUUUCUGACUAGAUGUUCCUUCUCACAGAACAUUACGAUAGGUCCUUGCUUGUAUCCUCUUGCAUCCAUGGGGCCCUUCCCGCUACAUGGUAGAGUAUGGCUCUCACCUCUCAAUCAUUUGGGUUCAAAAAUGCCAUGAUAGUGGUUGCUGUUAGUCAUCGAUAACUUCGUCUACGUGUCUCUUCACGUAUCAUGGACAUUUAGAUAUCAAUAGACCCUGAUUAGGUGAAUUACACAGUAGAUGGGGUUACCGAGGCCAAGGUACUUUACCUAUCUAGGCAGGGAAUGUCUCAAGCGGCAUGUGCCUUUAGGUUCUAAUGCAAUGAGGCAUAUGACUAGACCGGU